AUGACGAAAUAUCAAAGAGGAGAGGCCAUGGAGGGGUGGAAUGACUGCCCCUUGCCGAUGCUUUCGAAAGGAACAGCUCCAAGAUCAAGAAAGCGAACCCUCAGAACAGGGAUGCCUGGCCAGGCUAAUACGCUGAAUUCGGAUCUUGCGAAUGAAAGUCUGGAGAGUAUCACUCCUGCUCCAGUGCAGAGAACCAACAACAAUACACCUGAAGUUAAUCUACGAGAAAUCGAGUCGAUCUAUGGUUUGGCAGGUCAAGAAGGCGGUUCCAUAGUCGCGAAUUUGAUUGAGAUCCUGGCCACUCUUGAAGAACCACACAAAGCUUUUUUGAACGAGAUUUUGACUCCUAUUGUCGCAAAGGAGCCUGCGACCGGAUUGAAGGGACAGAUUGUCAAGUACAUGAUGAUGAAUAGUGGUGCUAGUCUGUGGUGCAUGGAUCUUCAGCGUUUGAUUGAUACCAUUCAAGUUUGA